GAGGAAGAGGGCAUGCUUUAGUAGUGGAUGCACAGUAUAUGAUGUGGAGUUGCUGUCAAAGGACUAUGUCAGUUCCAUGGUAAUGCAUUACACUUCUCAGUAUAUAAUGUGUGUAUUUUCCCCAAAAAUGUAUCGAUAUUCCUGGUAUGUGUGUGUGUGUGUGUACUUGGUUUGCAGGCAGUAUCCUUUAAAAUGAUGGAAGAUACCACCCAACUUCAUACUGUAGAAUGUUUGCAAUUCACACAUGAACCAGUUUGUUUUUCUUAGUACUCAGAACUACAGCCUACCUCUUUCAAAAGAAACUGAUGAUGCCAUGCGGUCCUUCGCCGAGAAGGUUUUUGCUUCAGAGGUGAAAGAUGAAGGAGGCCGGCAUGAAAUCUCCCCCUUCGAUGUGGAAGAUGUCUGCCCCGUCUCUCACCUUGAAAUGCAAAAUCACAUGAUCAAGGAGGAAAGUGGAAGUGAUUCAGCUAAACGGAAGAAGAGACUGCUGCGGCUAAAGACCAUAGCACUGGUUGUUCCUAUUGCAGGAAAGUCUUCAACCAAACUCUCCACCUUAGAUGAGGUCAUCUCUACCAGUCCUCUGUAUCAAGCUGUACCAAAAUUCCAACGUGUGCAGAUCACAGGAGAUUAUGGUGCUGGGGUAACUGUGGAGGACUUUGAAAAGGUCUGCAAAGGCCUGUACCGUGCCCUCUGUAUCCGAGAAAGGUACAUGCAGCACUCCUUCCAGCGUUUCCCCAGGACUCCCUCCCAGUUCCUGCGUACCAUUGAGAAUGAGGCAUGGAAACCAAACGAAGAUCUGUGGCCAGUGUUCACAUCUUUGAAGGAUGGUGAAGACCCAUUCCGCUCUGACAAUCUACCUGAAAAUUUGGGCUAUCAUGUGGAAAUGAAGGAUGGUGUGGUGUAUGUCUAUGCCGACAAAGCAGCUGCUGCCAGGGGUGAGCCCAAGGACCUGCCCUACCCUAACCUGGAGGUCUUCCUUGAUGACAUGAACUUCCUGCUGGCCCUUAUAGCUCAGGGGCCUGUUAAAACCUAUACGCACCGACGCCUUCGAUUCCUCUCCUCCAAAUUCAACGUACAUGAGAUGCUGAAUGAAAUGGAAGAACUGAAGGAACUGAAGAGCAACCCCCACCGGGAUUUCUAUAAUUGUCGGAAGGUGGACACACACAUCCAUGCGGCAGCUUGCAUGAACCAGAAGCACCUGCUGCGAUUCAUUAAGAAGUCAUACCGUGUUGAUGCUGACCGGGUGGUGCACAAAUCCAAGGACAAGAUGUUGACGCUCAAGCAGCUCUUCGAGCAACUCAGCCUUCACCCCUACGACCUGACUGUGGACUCUCUUGACGUGCAUGCAGGCCGCCAGACCUUCCAGCGCUUCGACACCUUCAAUGCCAAAUAUAACCCAGUGGGCGCUAGUGAGCUGCGUGAUCUCUACCUCAAGACUGAAAAUGCCAUCGAUGGUGACUACUUUGCCACCAUCAUCAAGGAGGUUGGCUCUGACCUGGAAGAGGCCAAGUACCAGUAUGCAGAGCCACGACUCUCCAUCUAUGGCCGUUCGCCCGACGAGUGGCCCAAAUUAGCUAGCUGGUUCAACAAGCAUCGUGUUUAUUCACCCAAUAUGAGAUGGAUGAUCCAGGUGCCCAGAAUCUAUGAUGUGUUCAGGUCAAGGAACUUUCUGCCACACUUUGGGAAGAUGCUGGAGAACAUUUUUGUGCCUGUGUUUCAGGCGACAAUCAAUCCUCAGGACAAUAAGGAGCUGAGUGUUUUUCUGCGCCAUAUUACUGGUUUUGACAGCGUGGAUGAUGAGUCCAAGCACAGUGGACACAUGUUCUCCAGCAAGAGCCCCAAGCCAGAGGAGUGGAGCCAUGAGAAGAAUCCAUCCUACACCUAUUACUUAUACUAUAUGUAUGCCAACAUCAUGGUACUUAAUCACCUCCGACGGGAGCGUGGCAUGAACACCUUCCUGUUACGUCCUCACUCUGGAGAAGCUGGCGCUAUCACCCACCUGCUUGUUGCCUUCAUGACUUCAGAUAAUAUUUCCCAUGGCCUGAACCUGAAAAAGACGCCUGUGCUACAAUAUCUCUACUACCUAGCCCAAAUCCCCAUUGCUAUGUCACCGCUCAGCAACAACAGUCUCUUCCUGCAGUAUGCCAAGAAUCCACUUCUUGAUUUCCACCAGAAGGGAUUGAUGGUGUCAUUGUCCACUGAUGACCCUAUGCAGUUCCACUACACCAAGGAGCCUCUCAUGGAGGAAUAUGCCAUUGCGGCCCAGGUCUUCAAGCUCAGCACCUGCGACAUGUGUGAGAUCGCACGCAACAGUGUCCUGCAGUGCAGCAUGCCUCAUGAAGAAAAGCUCCGUAUCUUGGGGGAGCAUUACCGCGAGGAGGGCCCACAGGGCAACGACAUUCGCAAGACCAACGUGGCUCAGAUCCGCAUGGCCUACCGCUAUGAGACGUGGUGCUAUGAGCUCAACCUUAUAGCUGAGGGACUGAAAACCCCCGAAUAGGAUGCUCUUGGUGCUGCGUCUUCACACACCAGAUCCCUGCUGGAACUGUAGAGCAGGACUGAGGAAGUGAAGCAGCUGGUUCAUUCAGCACCAGGCAAUUAGAGGUGUGAGAUUAUAGCCCCAUUGCUAUUAUCUCAGAUUACAUGUUCUUAAAAAAAAAUGCAGUGUGUUUGUUUACU